AUGAAUGGAUACCAUAUUGAAACUAGAAAGGAUCACAAUGUGGAGUAUCUUUGCAUUACCACCAAUAUCAACAGCCAGAGGUGUAUAUUGGAAACACUUCCUGCUUUCUCUUCUGGGUUGUAUGAUACAACCAUCAAAGCAGUUGAAGUCCAUGCUAUCAUGAACCUGAAGUUCAUUGACCCAAAGACUUUCAUGCUUUGGCACGAUCGUCUUGGGCAUCCUGGAUCCACAAUGAUGCGUAGAAUUAUUUCAAAUUCAAAUGGACAUCCUUUAAAGCCUCACCAUAGUACUUUGUCCAUUGACCAAUCUUGCAAAGCUUGCUCCCAAGGAAAAUUGAUCAUCAGACCAUCUCCGUCAAAACUUGGCUUUGAAUGUCCAUCUUUCUUACAGAGAAUUCAAGGGGAUAUUUGUGGUCGAAUUCACCCAUCUUGUGGACCAUUUCGUUAUUUUAUGGUUUUAAUCGACGCAUCUACAAGAUGGUCACACGUUUGCCUAUUGUCAACUCGCAAUGUUGCUUUUGCUAGGUUCCUUGCUCAGAUAAUUAAAUUAUGA